AUGAAUGACAGAAAUAAGAUACUCGAAUUAAUUAAUAAAGGUAUUAACGUUGACAGUAAAAACAAGUUGGGUGCAACUCCCUUAAUGUUAGCAUGUCAAAGUACUAAUUUAUCUAUUGUUCAGUUAUUAAUACAACACAAAGCAAACAUUACGUCAACCGAUAAAGUUGGAAGGAAUUGCUUACAUUAUCUUUGUUUAAAUAAACUUGUAAAUGAAAACUUAUUAUUAAUUGCACGAAGUAUGGAUUGUCAUCCGUUAACGCGAGUAAAAGAUAAUACAGGAAAAAUACCAGUAGAAUAUGCUAUUAUGAAUAAAUUAGAACAACUAGCAAAUUAUAUAUUAGAUAUUGAUUCAAGGGUUGACGUCAAAUUAUUAUAUGACUAUAAUAAUGAAGUUGUAGAGAAACCGAGUAACGUUAAUAGGUAUGGAUUUUUUGAAGUAGAAGGAGAAAAAGGAGAAUUAUUUAUUGUAAAAAAGUAUUCACAUAAAAAAAUAAAUCAACAAAAAGAAAGAAAUAGAAAAUGGGAAAGAAUGCUCGACAAAGAUUGGGAUGAAAAUAUUCCUGUUAAGUUACAAGAACGAGUGUAUAAAGGAGUUCCAGAUGAUUAUAGAAUUUUAUAUUGGAAAAGGAUAUUAGGAAUAGAAGAAAUUAGUCAAGAAUUAAAAGAAGAAUUUAAAAGAAAUACACAAAUAUAUUCAAGGUCUCCUCAUGACAAACAGCUAGAUUUAGACGUUAAUAGAAGUUUUCAAUUCCAUUAUAAAUUUCAUGUUCGUUAUUCUGGUGGGCAAAAAGAAUUAUUUUAUGUUAUGCAUGCAAUUUCAUUGCAUGAUAUUUCUUUUGAUUAUGUCCAAGGAAUAUCAUGUGCUCCUUCUGUUCUUUGUAUUUUUUUGGAUAAACUUAGUGCUUUUACAGGAACAUUAAAAUUAUUUACACCAAAAUAUCGUUUAAAAGAAAUGUUUCAAGACUUUAAUUUUAUUAAAAAGUGUUGGGUUGUUACAAAAAAAUUAUUAAAUACUAGACAUCCUAAAAUUGCUGAAAAAUUCAGACAAUGUGGUAUUAUGGACCAAUCACUACCUUUUUUUAUGUUUGAAUGGAAUUAUCUUUGGUUUAUUCACUCACUUAAAUUUGAAUUAGCAAUACGUGUUUUUGAUGUUAUUUUAUUAGAAGGAUUUACAGCAAUGUUUUCUGUUUCAGAUACAAUCUUUCAUUUUAUUGAAGAAGGAAUUUUAAAUGAAAAGGAUCCAAAUAUUUUACAACAAAAAUUGAAAAAUCCUUUUACUUUAUUAACAAAACCAUUAACAACAAACACAUUUAUGGCUCAUAUGUAUAAACACAGGAUUGAUGGAAGUUUAUUUGCUUCUUUAUUCUGA